AUGCUGUGCUGGCUGCAGCGCUGGCACCACGAGCGGGAGGAGAGGCGCUGCUGGGCGCAGCAGGUGAUGCUGGAGAAGAGGACCAUGGAGCAGGAGAGGGCGCACGACAGGAUCAAGAGCGUCAUGGAGGCGCAGGCGCAGCUCGAGGAGCUCUCCAAGGCCUCGCCCAAGAGGAAGCCUGUGAGGCUGACCUCCGUGGACGGCCCAGGCCUGACGAUGCGCACCGAGAAGCCGCAGCGGUUCAAGCCGCUGUCGAUGUCGAAGUUCAUGAGCGAGCCCCCAAUGAGGACCGAGGCCCAGACGAGGCCGUCGACGUGGAGCCUGGGCGAUUCCAAGUCCCUCCAGUCCCUCCAGUGUUUGAGGGGAACUCUGGGAGAAGGGCAUCAGCGACGCGGCAGUUGA